AUGCAGUUCUGCCUGUUUCUUGCGGGUUUCUUGGCCACCAUGGCCAUCUCUGUCUUCGGAGCUCCCAUUGGUCCGGUGACAGAGGCCUUCUCCGGAACGUCAGACGUGCUCGCGCACAACCUGACCAUGCUCAUGGCUCGUGACAUCGGCAACGACUGCUUCGACGUCGACGCUGGCAUCCCCGGAAACAUGCACUGGAACGACCGCGAUCAGUUCGUGACGGUGGACAAGCAAAAGUGCCGUCCCCGUCUGGGCCUUCGCGAUGGAACGUGCCGCCACAACCAGGACCUGAGCACCAAGUGCUCGGCCUUCUGCCAGACCAGCGCGUUCCACUUCCUGACGGAACCGAUCGCACUCAUGGGCGGCAAGAUGUGUCGCGAGGGCGAGGGCUGCGAGAUCCGCCAGGAACAGUCGUUCCACGUGGAAGUGUCCAACACGGAAGUGCUUCGGCACGUCAUUGACGUCACCGCCUCCAUCACGCCAUCGUCCAGCUUCGGCUUCGGAUUCGAGCUCAAGAACAUCUCGACCGUGGCUCUGCCGGAGGGCGACAUGAUUGCCCGCAUCAUGGCCGCGAUGGAUGAGCAGGACGCCAACAUGGAGCGCAAAUACGGCAAGCCAGAGCAGCAGAGUCCCACACCAACUCGGGCCUUCGUGGCCCUCGACCAGACUGACGAGGUGGACGGUCCAGCUUCUGGCGCCUUGGACGACGACCCCGUCCUUCCGGUUGACCGUCCCGACAUCACGAUGCUGCAGAUUCCCGUUCCCACCAUCAAGAACCCGACUGCCAGCAUCGCCAUGUCGUUUGCCGGCCGCUGGACCCGCGACUGGACCCAUACGUACCACCACUCCGAGAGCAAGGCCAGCUUCCAGGCCAUCACCCAUCGUCAGAUCCCCGGCGAGGGAUGCGGCUCCUUCUGGGCUGCUCCCGUGGCUGUCGGUUAUUGUGGCUGGUCUACCAGCCCGCGUUUCCCGCCGGCCGUCCACACCGACGUCAUGAAGUGGCUGCACACGACCCGGAACCCGUACGAAGGCACUGUCAAGAUGGGCCGCUGGGGCGACGCCGCUGAGCAGCAGUGGAACAUCACUGAUGGCCGAUGCCCCGUCAACUACCACGAGUUCCCCUUCUGCUACGCAGCCCCGCUGCAGAGACGUGGAACCAACGGCCAGCCGGACGAGGCCCUCCAUCGCACCGUCUGGCGUCCCUACGACUGUGAGACCGGCCAGCUGCUCCAGUCGGAGCGCCAGCCGCGUGAGAUCCGCGAGCAGCUCAACUUCAACGAGUUCUUCAAGUACCACAUCCGCCGCGAUCCCCGUCUCUUCAACCCGGAACUGUCCUGGAGCCCGGCCGCCCAUCAGCCCGACGAUGUCUACUACGACGCUGACCGCGUGGCCGACUACGGCGAGAAGAAGGCCCCGGCUCCGGUCAUCACCCCGACGCCCGUGCCCGCAGUCGGCAAUGACAAGGAGGAUAAGGAGGACGGUAGUCCUCGCUACCCGGCCGCAGACAACGACGACGACGAGAACGACGAGGACGACGAGGUUGAUCCUGCUCCCGAGACCGACGAGGACAGCGAGAGCGAUCCUGCACCCAACACUGGCGACGACGACAACGACAGCGGUGAAGCUGAAGUCGAGGUCGAGGUCGAGGGUGAGGACCACAUCGUGGACAUCGACGUCGAGACCGGGGAUGACCACGUCGUCAGCCACGAUGAGUCUGUGGCCGGAGGCGAGGACGAGGGCGAGGGUGAGGAGGACUCCGCAUAA